AAACAAACUGCACAGGAUGGAAACUACUUCGAAGCGAAUCACGUGCUUCAUCCACCUGCCGCCUCUUGAAGACUGUCUGCGUUCUUUCGAUUUGUAAAAUCAUAAACAUACUGAGCAGGAUGUCCGAGGGAGAAGACGGUGCAUUCAAGGCAGUGGAGCUGGCAGAGCAAAGCGCGGAGUCCUCUGACCCCGAGCCACAGAGUGCAGCUCAGCUGCCUCUCACACAGGAGGAGCCUGUCGGUGAGCCGUCCAAGCCAGCAGAGAAGGUGCCGCCGCCGUCUGCGCCCGGUCCUGAGGCCGGAGGCAGCCGAUGGAAAACUACCCUCGACCAGUUCAAGCUCAGGAGAUACUUUGUGCUCCGGCCAGGAACUUUGGAUCACGCCAUAGAAGAUCUGAAACGUCUGUCCGAUCAGGAAGAAAACGGCAAUGUUCUGAGCGUCUGGCUUCUGGCCGAGCUGGACCACUGGAACAACGAGCGCGAGCGGGUGGUGCUGAUCACAGAGAACACUCUGCUCAUCUGCAAGUACGACUUCAUGAUGCUGCAGUGCGAGCAGAUCCAGAAGAUCCCGCUGAAUUACGUGGAUCGCAUCGUUCACGGGGUCUUCAGCUUCCCGCCGAGAUCGCUGCUGUCGAGACAGGGAGAGGGACUGCGCGUGCACUGGGACAGGCAGAGAGAGCCGGCCUUCUCCUCUCGCUGGAACCCCUUCUCCGUGGACUACCCCUACUUCACGUUCACCUACCACCCCGUGAGGGCCAUCGACGACAAGUUUGCUGAACUCUGUGAGCUCAAAAACUUCCAGGAGCAGCUGUUCGAGGCGGCCCGGGCGGCGCACGAGAGGAAACCCGUCCCGGGGAAGGCCAACGGGGUGGUGGUCCUGAAUCAGCCCAUCCUCAUCGAGGCCUACGUCGGCCUGAUGGCCUUCAUCGGAAACCAGAACAGGCUAGGCUACUGCCUGGCACGAGGCAACAUCGGUUUCUAAAGCCCGCCUUGCACAACUUAAAGCGUACUUCAAACCAGCAAUGUUUCUGAUAUCAUCAUGUAUGCGUCACACCUUGUACUGUCCAUACUUCACUUGGGUAGUACACCAGGGUUUGUGCAAUAUGUACUAACGUUCAUUUGCAUCAGGUGACAGUUGCCAACGAGCUAGUGUGUGCUUUGCUGCGUAGAUAGCUGUGGCUAACUAAAGGCUGUUUUAUAGGAACUCAUAAUUUCAUAUCUACUCACUAUUGUUUUAUUAUAACUUCCUAGCAGGAGAUAGAGCAUGCAAUCCACUUGCAAUUUGCCUAAUGUGAACUACAAUGUGAAAUUAAAUAGCUACAUACUGUAUCUCCUACUGCCUCCGAAACAGCACUACUGUUUACAGUGCAAAAUAUGGGUUUUGCUUCUUUCUUUUUUUAAAAUUUUUUACAGAUGUAGAGCUGUCACACUCCCACCCCACUGCAGUCUAUCUGCUGUCUGUUUGCAGUAACAUCACCCCACUAGUGUGGGUGCAUACAUGGUGCGCUUUGGGGUAGUAUACAUUUUCUAUAGGGAUGUCUCGUCUGAGGUCAUUGUGGUCUCUGAGUAAUCAGCUUGUACCAAAUAGUUUGUGCUAGCUCUGCCAAUCAUAUCCUGGAGAAGGGUUUUACUCCUGGCUACGAAUCUGAAGGUUACAUUUGUAUUUGGAGAUUUAUUUAAAUUAAGAGUGACAUAUUUAAAAUUUAUUUGUGAUUUUUGCUAUUUUGUAUACAAUAUGAUUUAUUGUAAUUAUUGGACAAUCUCAGAAGGAAAUCUGAGCAAUUAUUUGGAUUAGAAAUUUGCAGCUUGAGGAUUUUUGGUAGCAGUUAUCCCAUUUAUUUUAUAAUGUUUAAUGAUGUUUUAGUAACUUUAAAUUGCUGUAUAUGAAUAUUGUAAAUUGUAAAUUCAGAGCUGUGAAGAAGCAAGCAUGUGGUGGGUAUUGACAAAAUGACUGUCUUUAUUUUCCUAUAUUGUAAGCACACUCAGGAAUAAACAUUUUUUGUCAUAUCCCACUUACAAA